AUCAACGCAGUUCAUUACCAAAUUUAGUCGCAUGAAACCACCUUGAAAAAUAACGUUGUGUCGUUCUUACAGUUAAAUAGACAGCAUGACAAAAAUUCUUUAAAUGAGAAUUAUGUUCACAGAUGUUCAUCUCCAGUAAAGCCGCACUUAUAAAGGAAUUGACAAGUCAAACAAAAAAUGUUGUCAGCACUUCAUGUAUGUUCCUCAUGGCGCCCACCUUUAACAUGGUGUCGGAUGCUAUAUAUUAAACAACAGAGGUUGCAGAGUUACUCAAAAUUCUCAAAAGGCAACAAUGAUCAUGAAAAGCAAUUUGAGUCUAACUCUUCAAGAAAUGAGAGAAAAUUUGAGCAGAAAUCCUCAAGAAGAAAUUUAGACUAUGAAAGAUAUUUUGAGCCAAAGUCCUCAAGAAGAAAUUUAGACUAUGAAAGACAUUUUGAGCCAAAGUCCUCAAGAAGAAAUAUUGGCCAUGAGAGAUAUUUUGAACCAAAAUCCCCAAGAGGAAGUUCAGACCAUCAAAGAUAUUUUGAGCCAAAAUCCCCAAGAGGAAGUUCAGACCAUCAAAGAUAUUUUGAGCCAAAAUCCCCAAGAGGAAGUUCAGACCAUCAAAGAUAUUUUGAGCCAAAAUCCCCAAGAGGAAGUUCAGACCAUCAAAGAUAUUUUGAGCCAAAAUCCUCUAGAAGAAAUUCUGACCAUGAGAAAUACUUUGAGCAUAAUUCCUCAAGAAGAAAUUCAGACCAUGAAAGAUACUUUGAGCCAAAAUCCAUUAGAAGAAAUUCAGACCAUGAGAAAUACUUUGAGCCAAAAUCCUCUAGAAAUUCAGACCAUGAGAAAUACUUUGAGCCAAAGUUCUCUAGAAGAAAUUCAGACCAUGAGAAAUACUUUGAGUCAAAAUCCUCUAGAAGAAAUUCAGACCAUGAGAAAUACUUUGAGCAUAAUUCCUCUAGAAGAAAUUCAGACCAUGAGAGAUACUUUGAGCCAAAAUCCUCUAGAAGAAACUCCGACCAUGAGAAAUACUUUGAGCAUAAUUCCUCUAGAAGAAAUUCAGACCAUGAGAGAUACUUUGAGCCAAAAUCCUCUAGAAGAAACUCAGACCAUGAGAAAUACUUUGAGCAUAAUUCCUCUAGAAGAAAUUCAGACCAUGAGAGAUACUUUGAGCCAAAAUCCUCUACAAGAAAUUCAUACCAUGACAACAGUUUUAGGAGGAAUGUGGUUAGAAAUGACAAAGAAUAUCCCAAAAGAACUGAUCAAAAUGUUUAUCAAGAAGGGAAACAACCACUGCGUAGGAAAGAACUCUUGACAUAUGAUAAUACAGAAGACGAAAUAGAGGCUGAAGAAAUGUUCAAAACUGAGGCAGAGAGUUACCAUUUAAGAAAAGAUAAUAGAAAUUUAGACUCUGAGACACAUUUUGAGACAAAAUCCUCAGCAGAAAAUUUAGACUAUGACAGACAUAUUGGGCCAAUAUACUCAAAAGAAAAACAUUCUAAGAAGAAGAAAACAGUUUUACCAAAGGACUGGAGUGAAACAUUUGGGACACUCCUUGAUGAAAAUGAACAAAGAAAAAUGGAAAAAUCAGCAUUAGUUGAUAAUGAAAGGUAUUUAGAGGAAAUGGAGAAAGAAAGAAAGGAAACGGCCCACAUCGUAAAUCAUGUACGUUUGGCACGAUACGGCAGACGUCAUAUUCCGAAUUGGUACGCAAGACGAAUAAAAACGCUUGGAAAGGAAGGAAAGGUGAGAGAAGCCAUAGAAGUGUUUGAGACGUGGAUGAUAAAACAAGAUAGGGUGAAACCUACAGGUUACGAGUUUUCCGUCAUCAUAGACCUACUCGCACAAGUUGGAUACAUCGAUAAGGCAUUUGAGCUGUAUAGUCUGAUGGGAAAGCUGAAAAUUUAUAUUGAGGAUCCCAUAUACACAUCUUUGUUUAAUGCCUGUGCAAAUGCCCCCUCCAACUUCCAAAAAGAGGCUCUAAAACGAAUAGAUUCACUGCACGCAAAAAUGUUAAGUCAUGGUAGACAGCCUACAUAUAUCACAAGAAUGGCUAUAAUUAAAGCAUAUGGGAUGAAUGGAGACAUUAAUAAAGCUUUCAGAGUUGCUGACGAGGCAUUUGAAAUGGGCGCGUCUGUAGACCUGAUGAACAACCUCCUUAUUGCCUGUAUAUCAGACAAAGAGGCGGGGUUUAGGCAUGCAGUAGUGGCAUGGAGAAAAUUCAGGGAAUUAGGGAUUAAGCCAAAAUUAGCCUCCUAUAAGUUAUUGUUACAUGCUGUUGAUGUGUGUGGAAUAGGGGAGCCUUUACUUGUUGAUAAAGUGUUAGGUAUAUCAGGGGGACACAAUCAUGCCCGAAGUACUGAUAGCAUAAAAGCUAUAGAAGCUAGAUCUAAAGGUAGAAAGUUUGAGAAGGAAGGAGAAAGAAAUGUUCAAGCAUUUAAAGAAAUAGAUAGUCUUUUAACAAAGUAUAAUAUGACUUUUGAAAGUAACCAAGGUAUUGUUGAUGAUGGGAAUGAAGAUAUUAAUAAGAAUAAUUAUGAUAUUGAUGAUGAAAGUGUAAAACGUGAGCAUAAUAUUAAAGAUGAUAUAGCAUUUGACGAGAAAGUUGAAAAAGAAACUAUGAUAAACAAAGAAUGGUGGCAGAUGGAUAUAUUUGAAGGCAAUGUCAAUACUGAGAUUGCAAGGAGAGAGGAAGUAGCAGAACUUUAUGAAAGCCAUGUUGACCUUCCUAAUAUACUUGAUCCAAAUGAAAGGCUUGCUUCUGUUAUCCAAGUGAAGCAGAUAAAGAAACCUGAACAUCGAUUAGCUCUUAUUGGAGGAGUAAAGGGCAUUCUGGAAAGUCUUAAGAAAGACAACCUGAAGCCAGACAGGAGGGUCUUUACUUACCUUGCCCAAAGUGCACCUGCACAUUUAGAGGAUGAAAUAAUUGACGAAAUGUGGGCCAGAGGAAUGAAGCCAGAUGUUUUUUUCUAUAAUAUCCUUCUUAAAAAGAGGGGAGCUCAACAUGACAAAGAUUCAGCUUGGGCUUUGUAUUCACGCUUGAAGCAUGAAGAAGUAGUUCCAGAUAUGAAGACAUUUACAUGUAUUUCUACGGCUUGCAGAACUCACACUGACAGUUUGAAGAUCUUGGAAGACAUAGAUAAUGCAGAGCUUCAGCCCAAUAAGUUCAUAUUUACUGCACUAUUGAAUACAAAGAAAGUUUGGUUUGUCUCGAUGAAGGAGAUUCUGUGUAGAAUGGAAGAACUGGACAUCAAAGCUGAUAAACUUCUAGUAAGAAUUAUAGAAAAGCAGAUACACAGAGCUAAAGAGAGAAUUGUGUCAAUGGAAAAAGAUGGUAAAGAGGAGGACAAAAUGGCCAUCGAAAAACUGAAAACAAAUUUAAGCUGGUUUCUAAAAUUCUAUGACGAGUGGGCUUUAAAAAAUGUAUUGGAAGUAGAACAACAUCCUUGGAAGCAUUUUAUGCCAAAACAGCAAUAACAUCUGAUAAAAAAAAAACUUCCAAAACAUGUACAAUACAUGAGUUAUGUCCAUCUGACUUUAUAAAAGGAAACUUUUUUCUAUGUAAAGAUUGAAAAAAUUCAGAUAAUCAAUGAAUAACAUUUUGUUUAUGUUUAUGUAUUCAGUUCGAUGAAAUAAAGUUUUAAAUAAGUAAUAAAACAA